AAAAAAAUGAGUAGCAAAGAUUUGGAAGGCUCUAAAGAGACCGGAGCAGGUACUAAGAAACCUCUCAAAGUCAAGGAAGGUUACACUCCACCACAUCUGAGGAAGGUAUACGUACCGCCGCAUAAAUAAGCAACAAAUGGAGGAAGAGAAGAAGUUCAAGCAGGAAGAAGACGAACAAAAGAAGGUAGCCAAAGUUGCUCAUGACUCCGCUGCAACAGUCACAGUCGAAGAAGAAGCUCAGAUGGACAAGCUUCAAAAAGAAAAAGAUGAAAUCAUGAAAGAGGCUAGGGACGAAGUCAAGAAAAAACUUGAAGAAGAGAAAGAAGAGAAGAAGAUCCAAGAUCAACAGAAGAAGGAGGAAGAGCAAGCUGAUAAGCUCAAGAAGUUAGAGAGAAAGUAUAAGAAAAAAUUAAGAGAGAUAGAAAGACUAGAGGGUGUUCAGGAUAGGGAGCUCAAUGAAAGCGAGCAGAAGAAGCUUGACUCUAAGCAGGAAUUACUUGAGCAACUUGAAAAACUUUCACUUGGUGAAUAGACCUUGUC